UGAUUAGGUUCUUGCGUUCGUGUGCAGUGUUUGUUGACAAUAUUCAAACAUGAGAUUAGUGUCAACAUAAAUAAGAUUUCCAAGCUAAUAAUAAAACCAUUUCAUACAAUAUUGGUACUUGUUUGUGCUCUGCCUAAAUGCUCAUGCAAAAAUGUUCAACGAAUGGCAUUCGGGGGCUUUUUUCCCGCGCCUUUGCCACCAAACAACAUAUUGUUGUACAUCCCGAGAUUCGAUAUGCCCUGGAACACAGGCAGCCUGUGGUGGCGUUGGAAUCGACGAUUAUCACCCAUGGCAUGCCCAUGCCUGAAAAUGUGGAAACAGCGCUACAGGUGGAGCAGGAGGUGCGUCAAAACGGAGCUCUGCCGGCCACAAUUGGCAUAAUUGAUGGCUGCAUCAAAGUUGGCCUAACACAGGAGGAGUUGCUCACGUUGGCGCAGAAGCCGCGCGAGGAGGUCAUCAAGUGCUCACGCCGCGAUCUGCCCUAUGUGGUCGCAACGGGACAAAGUGGUGGUACAACAGUGGCGGCCACCAUGAUUGCGGCGCAUCGCGUCGGCAUCCCAAUCUUUGCCACUGGCGGCGUUGGUGGCGUUCAUCGCGAAGGUCACAUAACGCUCGAUGUCUCUGCGGAUCUCGUUGAGCUCGGACGCACACCAGUCGCCGUCGUCUGCAGCGGUGUCAAGUCCAUAUUGGAUAUACCGCGCACGCUGGAGUAUCUGGAGACGCAGGGUGUCUGCGUCGCCAGCUAUCAGAGUGCAGGUGGCAUUUUCCCUGACUUCUAUACGCGCGACAGUGGCUGCAAGGUGCCCUAUAAUCUGUCCACCGCUGCCCAAGCCGCAGCGCUCCUCAAAUCAUGGCGAGAGCUGCAACUGGAGUCCGGCGUGCUUAUCGGCGUGCCCAUUCCACUUGAAUAUGCCGCCGAGAAGACAGCCAUAGAUGCGGCAAUUAGGGAAGCAAAUGCUGCAGCUCAGGCGCAAGGCGUUAGCGGCAAGGAGGUGACUCCUUUCCUGCUGGCGCACAUCGCACAGUUAACCAAGGGUCGAAGUCUGCAGGCGAACAUUGCGCUGAUCAGGAAUAAUGCCGCAGUGGCGGCACAAAUUGCCUGCGAGCUGGCAAAUAAAUCUGUCCAAAAGACAUCCCCGAGCGGCGGUUCCUCAAGAAAGCCCCUUGUGAUAGGCGCUUCCAUUCUGGACUUGUCAUUCACAGUCAAAGAACAAAGGGAUAUGCAGCUGGAUGGCGCCACCUAUUCAGCUGUAACCAAACAGGCAGCUGGUGGCGUUGGACGCAAUAUUGCCGAGGGCAUCUAUAAGCUCUAUGGAGCAGUUAACCUCAUCUCUGCGGUGGGCAGCGAUCAGCUGGGACAUAUGCUGCGACAGUUGAUGCCGGCGGCACUGCAACGUAGUCUUAUUGUGGAUGAGACUCAUGCCACAUCACUCUGCUCGCUGGUCUUUGAUCAGUCCGGAGAUUGCAAGCUGAUCCUGGGUGACAUGGAGGUGCACGAUAGCAUUACGCCUGAGGUGCUAGCCACACAAUCCGAUCUCUUCUCGGAUGCACCACUCAUUGUGAUGGACUGCAAUAUAUCGGAGCAGGCAAUGGCCUGCACACUGCAGCUGGCCCAGAAGUUUCAGGUGCCUGUGUUCUUUGAGCCCACGGAUAUGUAUAUAGCUGGCAAACCGUUCAAGCUGAGCCCGGACCUAACGCAGAACAUUCGUCUGCUCAAGCCGAACAUGCACGAACUGAAGACCAUUGUGGAGACCAUAACUGGACAGCAUGUGGCGUGGCAGCCAAAUACGAAAGUGGCACGCUCCCAGCUGCUGGAGCAGGCCAAGCAGCUGUUGCAGCAAAUUGAAAAGCAUUUCAAUUGCAUCAUUGCGACCUUGGGGGAUCAUGGAGUGUUGCUCAGUUUUCGCUCCGAUGCCGAAUGCGAUGCGAGCAAGUUGCUCUCACUGACGCCCAGCUGUGAGCACAUUACACGCUUCUAUGCGGCGCCCAAGGUGCAGAAUAUAGUGAAUGUGUCCGGUGCGGGUGAUAGUUUCUGUGCCGGCUUCAUUACCGCGCUGUUGAAGGAUCACAGUUUAGAUGAAUGCGUCGCCGCGGGUUUUGUGUCGGCGGAGCGAGCUUUACUCUCCGAAUCGGCGGUGCCGGCAACAUAUUUCCCCGAUCCGCAAACAUUCGAGAGCAACUUCAAGCAGACGCUGAAAUCGCUGCAGUGCCGGAGCAUCUAGAGUCUGAAACAGAAAUCAGACGCGACGACUACUUGAACACUCAGGGUUCUCAAUUUAUUGUUAAUAUAUAAAUAUAUAUAUAUAUCUGGAUUCCUAUAUGUGUACGAAGAAAGCUUGUCAAUGGGCCCAUCUGAAAGAGUGGCAAUAAAUGUGAUGUUUGUUAUGGUUCCUUUCUAUAAUAUAUAUUUUCAUUUGAUUUAACUCACAGCUUUAUCACUUUAUCCUUGCCGCCGGAGGCAACGCGUGAACCAUCGGGCGCCCAAUCAACGGCAAAGACUUCGUCCGCGUGUCCAGGCAGUUCCUGUGCCAUUUUCUUGCUUUGGACGCUCCACACUGCACAACGGUCAAUUGGAUUAUUAAUAAGAGCAAACAUUUGAAUAUCAAUUUGAUAUAUAUAUAGAGGACCGAUCUAAAGAAGUUGUUACUUAUAUUUAGAAACUAAAAAUUAUUAACUGUGGAGAAAAGGAUGGAUCCAUCCUAAUAUGUGAUUACUUAAAUGUAGAAACUUAAUAAAGUCUUUUGCAAUAUUCAAA